AUGGCUCCUGCAUCGCAUUUUGACCCGCACCCCCCUCGCAAGAUUCUGGUGGUGGUCACGGUUGGCGGAUCCACUAACUCGGCUCCUAUUCUGGAAAUCUGCCGGAUUCUCGCCGCCCGUGGCCAUGCCAUCGAGUUCGCGACUCUCGAAGGGCGUGCCGACCUUGUUGCGGCAUACCCUUUUGUCUCAACCGUCCACCUGGUCGGCCGUGCCGUCACACCCGACGAGGACCGGCAGCUUUACGACAAGUUCAGCAGAUGGGACAACAAGACGCAGCGCGGUCGCAAUGAGAUGAUCGAGUGCAAAAAGUUCUACGACUCUUGGUGGCCCGAGACCUAUCUCGUUCGAUAUGCGCCCCAGCUUCUGCACCUGUUUCUCUGGACCCGCUCUAUGCGCAAGCAGGCUGGCGUUCACUCUAUGCCAGCCCUGAAGCCCAAACCGGACAACCUCGUGCUUGUCAACUCGUUCUGGGGCCUCGAACCCGCAAAGGAUGUACCGCCGCUCCUGCAACCCGUCGGUCCUCUUCUGUCAGACAGCUACGCCCCACUCGAUGACACCACUGACAAGUUCCUCAACACCAAGACCUCCGUCGUCUAUGUCGCCUUUGGCACCCAUGUCAUUCUUACGCCCGAGAAAGUGGACAGGCUGAUACGAGGGCUUUGCUGUGCUCUUGAGCAGGGUUCCAUUGACGGCAUCAUCUGGGCUCUGCGGGCCUUGCUCGAAGGAUCAAAGGAUCAAUAUACCGUCGGUCAUCUUUUAGCGAACCAACACCCAUCUUGGCUCAUCCUGGAGUACGCCCCCCAGAGGGCAGUCUUGGACCAUCCGUCUACCACUCUGUUUGCCCUGUUCCAUGGUGUUCCCAUGGUCUCUAUGCCCUUUUACGGUGAUCAAAUUCAACAUAAUCUCCGCCUGGUGGCCGCUGGUGUUGCCAAGGGUGUCGACAAGGAUACCUUCACACCCGCCCAACUGGCGUCCAUAAUCUCUGCCAUGAUACUCGAUACCAACGAUCAUCCCAUUUUUGAUUUGUACAAGUCUCUUGUAGUAUAG